AUGUAUCUUCACCAGCUGCAGCCUGCUCUUCUUCAUGGAGACGUUCGCUCUACCAACAUUCUCAUCAGCAAGACCAUGGAAACCAAAAUUGGUGAUCUGGGCUCUUGUCGCUUCUCUAACGAGUCACUUUCUGUUGGUCCUCUCAGUCCACAAUACAUUGCACCAGAACGAGUUGUGGAAGGUUGUGCAGUGACCCCACGCAACACAACACAAGCCGACGUGUACAGCUUGGGAGUCACGUUUGUUGAGUUAUUCACAGGAGUAGGUGCAGAGAUGAAAUGGCGUAAGAGUCAGUUUCGAGCUGUUCCUUAUGUUCCACUGCAGGACAUUUGCUAUGCUAUGGCAGAAGAGAAUCCACGUGAUCACAUUUCUGUAGCAGCAGCUCUCGUGCAAGUGAAUGCAGUGAAGCAGAAUGAUGAGUACACUUCAUGUCCUCCCAAAAGGAUGGUGAAAGGCAAGAAACGCAAAGAAGACAAAGUGACACUCAUAGAGAUGCCGUGGAUGUGA